AUGCACCCUCGAAAUCCGCCAAUCGCACCGGCGCGGCGCCUACACGUGCUCCUCAUCGCACUCGCGGCGGUCGUCUUCCACGUGUGGCUCGCGCGCAAGCUCGGCGCGGUGCAGACGGGCCUCGCGUCGACGCUCGGCGACGACGAGACGCCGACGAGUGGGAGCAGCCGGGACGACGGGCGGGACCUCGAGGGGGCAGAGUGGCGCAGGCUCGAGGGCGUGCGGGCCCUGCUUGGGAUCGGCAAGCUGUGGAGCUGGUGCUCUGCCGUCGUAGCCGGCGUGGGCAUCUAUGGGCUGCUCAAGGAUCGACUACCCCUCCUUCGCCUGUUCGUCCUGAACGGGUUCCUCGCCAUCUCGCUCGACCUCCUUCUCCUCGCCCUCAUCCUCCUCCUCCUCACCGUCUCGUCGCCCUCGUCCUCUCGCGGCCUCGCGACCACCCUGUGCGGCACAUUGUCGCUCUCGUUCGGCCUGCCCGACCUGGUGGGCUCGCUCGAGGCGUGCGAGGACCGCUUCGAGGGCGUCGUCGUGACGGCGCUCGGCGCGCUCGCCCUCGUCGAAGGCUUGCGCGUCUGGGGCGCCGUCAAGGUCCUCGGCUUCUACACCCUGCGCGCCUCUCCACGCGGCGCGAGGAGCCGCUCGAGCGGCAGCAGGGGAGGAGCGGGCGGCGAGCAGGACUUCUACGACUCGCCCGUCGAGCUCGACGGCUCGCCGGGGCGGAGCGGGCUCGGCCGCAGCGGGAGCGGCAAGAAGAAGCGGCGCGACUCGCACGGAGCGAGGCGCGAGCGGAGCAGCAGCGUGUCGUCGGUCACGGCGGUCGGAGGGACGGCGUCGAGCAGCAGGAGGAGGGACGAGACGCGCAUCUUCCUCCUGCCGCGGCCCGAGGACCGCGGCCAGCGCCGAUCCGGCGACGACGAGGACGGCCUGCCGCUCAUCGCGCUCACGGCGAGCUCGCCCAUCCGCACGAGCUUCCCGCCGUCGUCGUCGUCCUCGCCGUACCCGUCGGCGCACGCUCUCCCGCACCCGCCGCCCUCGCCCGGCCGCGACGACCGCCGCGUCCUCGUCUACGCGCCCGUCAUGGUCUCGGCGUCCGAGGCGCGCUCGCUCGGCGCGACCGAGCUCGUCCUGCACGGGCCGGGCCGCACCCACCCUCCGCCUUCGCCCGGCCGCGGCGCGCCCGCAGCGGCAGCGUCGCUCGCCGCCGGGCCAGCCCGCUCGCCGCGCUCGCGCUCGGCGACCAUCACGCCUGGCUCGUCGUCGUCGAGCGCGUCGACGCCCACGCCGACAGCGUCAUCGAGCGCGACGCUCGUCCUCGACACGGGCGCGCCUGGGCAGCAGAGCGGCGCGCGGCCGUCGAGGCAGGACUCGGACGACCUGUUGACGCCGCUCGCGUCGACGUCGGCGGAGCGGGACCGGCAGCUGGGGCUCGGCGGCGGCGGCGGUGCGGCGGGCGAGGGCGAUCCGGCGGGCCGUGUGAAGCGGGCGUGAGGCGGUGUGGUGUU